AAAUUUAGAACACUUUUUUUAGAGUGGAACUCCGUCUGCACAGUACGCGGUGGUCCAAACAGCUUUAAGCCCUAAUCCAACUGUCUUUCUGUUUUCCCCUCCCAUUCUAAUUCUAUACGCCCCACUCCUGUUUAAACGGCGCCACAUCUUAUCCUAUUUAAACUCCUUGCCCUAAUUCUGCCAUCUUUGCUUUCGUUCCCCAGUUGCUCCUUUAUCCUUCAACCGCUCCGAUUUUUCGAAACUUUGGUUUUUUUUUUUUUUUUUAAAAACAAUAUUCAGAACAACGCGUAUAUUCACGCGCCGGCGAUAGACCACCGGCAGCACCCUAUGUGCUCCAUGCGCCUACAAGCUGCCAUGUAUGCGAGGAGAAUUAAGGGAAGAAAUCAGAGAUGGAGUUCAAUGUUUGUGCCACCUAAACAUUCGAUUAGGCCUAGUUGCAUUGAUUAUGCUUGUUCUAGAUCUUUUAGCUAUUCAAAUGGAGAGAGAAACAAUUUUUCGAAUGCUACUUUGAUACAAAAAUACCUAUUAGAUUCAUUCUCAUCAUCGCAGAGAUCCGUUAGGCCUACAUGUUUGAACAAUUGUCGUCAAUUACGCUUGUAUAGUUCACAAGGCGAUGGGAGGAAUACAAGUGAGGGUAAAGAAGCAUCUGCAUCUGUAAAAGAUGGAAACAACUUUGAUAAUGGAAAGGCUAGUAAAAGAACUGUCAAUGGAGAGGCAAUUGACUCUGAUGCUCAUGCUUGGCUUGCCGAACAAGAUCAAAAGGAAUGGCUUAACAAUGAGAAGUUUACUAUAGAAAGUAAAAACAAGGAAUCCCCUUUUUUGACUACACGUGAUAGGUUUAAAAAUGAAUUUUUGCGAAGGAUUGUUCCUUGGGAGAAAAUUCAUGUUUCAUGGGAGACUUUUCCUUACUACGUCAAUGAGCAUAACAAAAGUGUUUUGCUGGAAUGUGUUGCUUCCCAUUUGAAACACAAAAAGUUUACUACUUUAUAUGGGUCUCGUUUGACUUCUUCAAGUGGGAGAAUACUACUUCAGAGUGUUCCAGGUACUGAGCUUUAUCGGGAGAGAAUCGUCAGAGCACUUGCUCGAGAUCUUCAAGUUCCAUUACUAGUACUUGAUAGCAGUGUUCUCGCUCCUUAUGAUUUUGGUGAUGGCUCAUCUGAGUGUGAAUCAGAUGAUAACACGGUAUCUGGGGAAGAGUCUACCUCAGAGUCAGAGGUUGAGGAUGAAAAUGAUGCAGUUAAUGAAGAGGAAUGGACAAGCAGUGCAGAGGCUAGAUCAGACUGCAGUGAUGAUGAUGCAGCUAACGUGCCGGCAACUGCUGAAGCAGCGCUUAAGAAGCUGAAUAUCAACCUUGAAGAAUUUGCAAAGAGAAUCUCUGGAGAAUCUGACAGUUCCACAGAAACCUUUAAGUCUGCGGAUACUAAUCCUUCUGAUACCCCUAAACGGCCACUUAAGAAGGGUGAUCGUGUGAAGUAUAUUGGGCCUUCUGUAUGCAUUGAAGCUAAUGACAGGAUCAUAUUGGGCAAGAUACCGACAUCUCAUGGUCUGAAAAAUGCUUAUACCAUUAUGCGUGGCAGGCCUUUAUCAAGUGGUCAACGUGGGGAAGUAUAUGAGGUGAAUGGAGAUCGAGUUGCUGUUAUUUUGGACGUCACUAGUGAUAGCAAAGAAAGUAAAGAGAGUGAUGAGAAGCUUAAAGAGCAGGCUGCAAAAGCACCAGUUUAUUGGAUAGAUGUUAAGGAGAUUGAGCAUGAUCCUGACACUGAGGCAGAAGAUUGCUACAUUGCAAUGGAGGCUUUAUGUGAGGUUUUGCAUUCCGUGCAACCCUUGAUUGUGUAUUUUCAAGAUUCUUCCCUGUGGUUGUCUAGAGCAGUUCCCAAGUCGAAUCGCAGCUAUUUCGUACAUAAGGUGCAGGAAAUGUUUGACCAAAUAUCAGGCCCAGUUGUUUUGAUAUGUGGCCAGAACAAAGUUGAAACAGGGUCAAAGGAGAAAGAAAAUUUUACAAUGAUACUCCCAAAUUUUGGCCGUCUUGCUAAGCUGCCUCUCUCAUUGAAGCGCCUUACUGAGGGACUCAGAGCGACAAAAAGGCCUGAUGACAACGAAAUAUAUAAGCUCUUCACUAAUGUUUUGUCUGUAGAUCCCCCAAAGGAGGAAGAUCUUCUUAGAACAUUCAAUAAACAGAUUGAAGAGGACAGGAGAAUUGUAAUAUCUAGGAGCAAUUUAAAUGAACUAUAUAAGGUUCUUGAAGAAAAUGAAAUGUCUUGCAUGGAUCUAUUGCAUGUAAAUAGUGAUGGUGUAGUACUGACAAAGCGGAAAGCUGAAAAAAUUGUUGGUUGGGCUAAGAAUCAUUACCUGUCAUCUUGCUUGGUUCCAUCCAUAAAAGGAGAAAGAUUGAUUUUGCCUCGUGAAAGCCUUGAAACUGCAAUUAUGAGGUGGAAGGAGCAAGAAACAUCAUCUCAAAAGACGGCGUUAAAUUUGAAGCAGAACCUUGCAAAGGAUGAGUACGAGAGCAACUUCAUUUCAGCUGUGGUGCCUCCUGGUGAAAUUGGUGUCAAGUUUGAUGAUAUAGGUGCUCUUGAAGAUGUAAAGAAGGCAUUGAAUGAACUUGUUAUUCUUCCUAUGAGGAGACCAGAGCUUUUUUCUCAUGGAAAUUUGCUGCGGCCCUGCAAAGGAAUAUUACUUUUUGGGCCUCCUGGAACUGGGAAAACCCUUCUUGCCAAAGCACUUGCAACAGAGGCUGGUGCAAACUUUAUCAGCAUAACUGGUUCAACUCUUACAUCAAAGUGGUUUGGAGAUGCUGAAAAGCUUACGAAGGCUUUAUUUUCCUUUGCCUGCAAACUGGCUCCAGUCAUUAUAUUUGUUGACGAGGUGGACAGUUUGCUUGGUGCUCGUGGUGGUUCUUUUGAGCAUGAGGCUACUAGAAGAAUGAGAAAUGAAUUUAUGGCAGCAUGGGAUGGAUUGAGGACAAAAGACAGCCAAAGAAUUCUCAUCCUUGGUGCCACAAAUCGGCCAUUUGAUCUUGAUGAUGCUGUAAUUCGCCGUUUACCGAGAAGGAUAUAUGUGGACCUACCGGAUGCUGAAAACCGAAUGAAGAUUCUGAAAAUAUUUCUUGCUCAAGAGAAUUUGGAACCUGAUUUUCAGUUUGACAAACUCGCAAGUGCAACCGAGGGAUAUUCUGGCAGUGAUUUGAAGAACCUCUGUAUUGCUGCAGCAUAUAGACCAGUCCAGGAACUUCUAGAAGAGGAAAGGAAGGGUUACAAGGAUGGUGUUGCUUCAGCUUUAAGGCCACUUAGUUUGGAUGAUUUUGUUCAGUCAAAGACAAAGGUGGGUCCAUCAGUUGCCUAUGAUGCUACAAGCAUGAAUGAACUAAGGAAAUGGAAUGAACAAUAUGGAGAAGGCGGAAGCCGGAGAAGGUCACCAUUUGGUUUCUGAAAAGUAUAAUGAUCAGGUAGCUCUGUCAAAACAUGUAUUCUUUUGGGGGGAAAAUGAAAGAAAGAACCUGUUCUCACGGCCUGAAUUCAUCAGAAGACAUCUACCAUUCUUAACAUUGAGGAACCCACAGUGCAAUCAUUUUAGUGAAAGCAGCCUAUAGAACCUUCCCCCCCAAAUUUUGUAGGCCAACACCAUCUCUAUGUACAUUAGUAAUUUAGCAGUACUAACAUCACACAGGGCAAGGAAAAAUAAUCUGUAUGAAUUGAGCGUUAGCCCCUCUGAUUUUUUUAGCUGAAUUUAUUAAGUUAAUUUUAAUUAUAUUUCUCAGUUGCCUUGAUAGUGUAUAGUCCAGUGUGUAAGUGAUUGUGGUAGAUAGUGCAGGAAAAAAAAAUGGUAGAUUAACUUAAGUUUGGCAUUGUGUUUUUAUUUAUUAAGUGUAUCUGGUUAGAAUUUUUUGCUGAAAAAAAGAAAAAGAAUGUUUAUAUAUAUGA